AUGGCUCCCCCACCACUCUUCCGUCGCUAUUCGUGGUACUCCAAACACUGUUUGCUCACAACAAAUGGUCCGAUGCCAAAGCUCUCCUUCUUAGCUUCAUCGGCGCCGACAUGCGGCAUCGUCUCCUCCGGUCCAUCCUUCACCCCCACGCGGGAUAUCCCUCGUCACUCCAAAGCACUUUACGACACAGCUAUUGGUGCUUAUGUCAAGAUGGGAUACCCUCAGUUGGCCAUGAUUGUGUUUAGGAGGAUGAAAAGACUCAGGAUUUGCCCUAAACUCAUUACCUGCAACACAUUGCUUAAUUCUCUGGUAAAACACUCAUCCUCCCGUUCCAUUUUGUAUUCCAGAGAAGUAAUUAACGAUGCUAUCCUACUUGGUGUCGUUCCCAAUGUGAAUAUGUUCAAUAUCAUGAUCAAUGGCUAUUGUUUAGAGAACAAAUUUGGCGAUGCCAAGGAUUUGAUGAAAAAAAUGAGAGAAUCUAACUGUCUACCCGACAAUGUAACCUAUAACACUUUGUUGAAUGCUUUAUGCAAGAAGGGCAGAUUAAACGAAGUUAGGGAAUUGCUUCUAGAUAUGAAGAAUCAAGGUUUGUUUCCAAAUCGCAACACUUAUAACACUUUAGUUCAUGGAUAUUGUCAGAGGAAAGGGUGUCUGACAGAAGCUACUCAUAUCUUCGAUCUCAUGACACAAAACAACUUCUUGCCUGAUCUUUGGACUUAUAACACAUUAGUUAGUGGACUUUGUGAUGAGGAAAAGAUUGAAGAAGCCAUUAAACUUAUUAACAAGAUGGAGAAUUUGAAAUUAUUCCCCGAUAUCAUUACUUACAAUACAUUGAUAGACGGUUGCUUUAAGUGUAAGAAAAGUUCCGAAGCAAUCAAGUUUCUUGAUUUGAUGAGUGAAAGAGGAAUAAAAAGGAACGAGGUAACUUACAAUAUACUUAUAAAAUGGUAUUGUAGAGAAGGUGAUAUGGAUAAAGUUCUUGAAACAAUAAACGAUAUGGAAGCAAGUGGAUUUUCUCCAGAUAGUGUAACAUACAACACUUUGAUUAAAGGUUAUUCCAAAGUUGGUAAUCUAAAAGAAGCAUUAAAGAUCAUGAAAGAAAUGAGUGGGAGACGUUUAAAAAUGGACACUUUUACCCUCAAUACCAUUCUCCAUGCCUUGUGUCUAGAGAAUAAGCUAGAUGAGGCAUAUGAGUUUCUUAAAGAUGCUAAAAAGCAAGGUUAUAUAAUCGAUGAAGUAAGCUAUGGAACUUUAAUGAUGGGGUACUUCAAGAAUGAAAAUUUUGAAAAGGGUAUGAAUCUUUGGGAUGAAAUGAAGGAUAAAGAGAUUGUUCCUAGUGUAAUUACAUAUAACACUGUUAUAUUUGGGCUAUGCAAAUCGGGAAAAAUGGAACAAGCAAUAACCAAGUUAAAUGAGCUUCUUGAAAACGGUUUAUCUCCCGAUGAAAAGACAUAUAAUACAAUUAUUCUUGGGUAUUGUUGGGAGGGGGAUGUUGAGAAGGCGAUUCAGUUCCAUAAUGACAUGAUUAAGAACAAUUUUAAGCCAGAUGUUUAUACAUGUAACAUUCUUUUACAUGGGCUUUGUAGUAAAGGGUUAGUGGAAAAAGCUUUUACUCUUUUCAAUACAUGGGUUUCAAAUGGAAAAACAGUGGAUUUAGUAACUUAUAACACGUUAGUGUCAUGUUUGUGUAAAGAGGGGAGAUUUGAAGAUGUCAAAGAGCUUGUUCUUGAAAUGAAGGAAAAGAAUCUUGGCCCUGAUAGGUAUACAUAUAAUGCUGUUCUUGGUGUGGUUAAUGAUGGUGGGAAGAAUGAGGAGGUGGAGGAUUUGAUGGAAAAGAUGAUUGAGUGGGGGCGAUUUGAUGAUUUGGAUUCUAGUGGGGGUGUGGAGGAAUUAGAUGGAAGUUCAGGGGGGUAUUCGGAAAAUAUCGAUAGGCUUUGUAGUGAAGAAAAGUAUCGGGAUGCAAUAGAGAAAUCAGGUCAACUGUCGUUUGAUUCUAGUAAAAAAAAAAAAGUCAAACAAGAAUUUUUGCAUCAGAGGAUCCAAGGAAUGGUGUAUUGAUUACUUCGGAAUCAUUGAUUCCGGUUGAAUAGUCAACCGUUGAACAUGAAGGUACCUUUUUCUAUUUGAAUCAUGCGGUUUUAAUUUUUAUGGGUUGAGAUAGCCUAUGUAAGAAUAGAUAGGUGGCCCUUUUUCAGGAAGAAGAGGGCUGAAUAGUAAAUAAUGCAAGAAAAUAUGAAUUGGAACCAUUAAAAAUGUGAAAUGACAAAAAUAAAAUGCCAAAAACUUAAGAGUUUACUUGUAGUUUCAUUCGGAGGGAUGCAGUGGGUAUAGGAAAUAUAGAAUGUUGCUUUUAUUAUUAAAUUUUGUAAUUUUUAUUUAACAUUUUGUAAGUUGUUAUUGUAUGUGGAAUAGAGUCGGACUAGCAGUCCCCAUUGCCAGAUUCUUAUGGGACUGGGAUUCUGUUAUUGUUAUUGUUGUACAAUUUAUUUAUUUUUUAUCGGAAAGUAGUCUAGA